UUCACGCUUAACUCAACACAAACCAAACCUCACUAAAUACUUUCGCCACCACAUCCUCCACUCUGAUUAAGAGACUUAAGGGGGCUCAGUCUGACAAAUUGGUGAGAAGGGGUUGAAUUUUCCGGCGAGAAAUGACCAGUUCUGGUGGCGGCCCCACCAGGGGCCGUCUUUGGCCUCAAUUGGCCAUGGCAUUGGCUGUGGUUCUUGUUUCGAGCAGUGUAGUUUCUGUUUAUGGUGAUGCAUAUCCUUAUUAUUCUCCACCUCCUCCACCCUAUGAGUACAACUCUCCUCCUCCACCUUCUCCUUCUCCACCACCACCUUAUGAGUACAAGUCUCCACCUCCACCAUCACCUAAACCUCACUAUGAGUACAAGUCUCCUCCACCACCUCCUUAUGAGUACAAGUCUCCACCACCACCAUCUCCUUCUCCACCACCACCUUAUGAGUACAAGUCUCCACCUCCACCAUCACCUAAACCUCACUAUGAGUACAAGUCUCCUCCACCACCUCCUUAUGAGUACAAGUCUCCACCACCACCAUCUCCUUCUCCACCGCCUCCUUAUGAGUACAAGUCUCCACCACCACCAUCUCCCAAGCCUCACUAUGAGUACAAGUCUCCUCCACCACCAUCUCCAUCUCCACCACCUCCUUAUGAGUACAAGUCUCCACCACCACCAUCUCCCAAGCCUCAUUAUGAGUACAAGUCUCCUCCACCACCCUCUCCAUCCCCACCACCACCUUAUGAGUACAAGUCUCCGCCACCACCAUCUCCUAAGCCUCAUUACGAGUACAAGUCUCCUCCACCACCAUCUCCAUCUCCACCACCUCCUUAUGAGUACAAGUCACCACCACCACCAUCUCCUUCUCCACCACCACCUUAUGAGUACAAGUCUCCACCUCCACCAUCUCCCAAGCCUCACUACGAGUACAAGUCUCCUCCACCACCAUCUCCAUCUCCACCGCCUCCUUAUGAGUACAAGUCUCCACCACCACCAUCUCCCAAACCUCACUACGAGUACAAGUCUCCUCCACCACCAUCUCCAUCUCCACCGCCUCCUUAUGAGUACAAGUCUCCCCCACCACCAUCUCCUAAGCCUCAUUAUGAGUACAAGUCUCCUCCACCACCCUCUCCAUCCCCACCACCACCUUAUGAGUACAAGUCUCCGCCACCACCAUCUCCUAAGCCUCAUUACGAGUACAAGUCUCCUCCACCACCCUCUCCUUUACCACUACCACCUUAUGAGUACAAAUCUCCACCACCACCAUCUCCUAAGCCUCAUUAUGAAUACAAGUCACCACCACCACCUUCCCCAUCACCACCACCACCUUACUACUACAAGUCACCACCACCUCCAUCUCCAUAUCCACCUCCACCAUAUUACUAUAAAUCUCCCCCACCUCCUUCACCAUCACCACUACCUCCCUACUACUACAAAUCCCCUCCACCACCAGUGCAUUCUCCUCCUCCACCUUAUUACUAUAAUUCCCCACCACCUCCUUCUCCAUCACCACCACCACCUUAUUACUACAAAUCUCCACCGCCACCCUCACCAUCUCCUCCACCACCAUACUAUUACAAAUCUCCUCCACCACCUAAAAAAUCACCUGCUCCAGAACCAUAUUACUAUAAGUCUCCACCACCACCUUCACCAUCUCCUCCACCACCAUACUACUACAAGUCCCCACCACCUCCCUCACCAUCUCCUCCACCACCAUACUACUAUAAGUCACCACCUCCACCUUCACCAUCUCCUCCACCACCAUACUAUUAUAAAUCCCCACCACCACCACCAAAAUCACCAGCACCAGUGCCAUACUACUACAAGUCCCCGCCACCUCCCUCACCAUCUCCUCCACCACCAUAUUAUUACAAGUCACCACCUCCACCUUCACCAUCUCCUCCCCCUCCAUAUUAUUAUAAGUCACCACCACCUCCAUCACCUUAUCCUCCACCACCAUACUAUUAUAAAUCCCCACCACCACCACCAAAAUCACCAACACCAGUGCCAUACUACUACAAGUCCCCACCACCUCCAUCACCAUCUCCUCCACUGCCAUACUAUUAUAAAUCCCCACCACCACCACCAAAAUCACCAGCACCAGUGCCAUACUACUAUAAGUCCCCACCACCUCCCUCACCAUCUCCUCCACCACCAUACUAUUAUAAGUCCCCACCACCACCCUCACCAUCUCCUCACCCUCCUUAUUACUAUAAGUCUCCACCUCCUCCUUCACCAUCUCCUUCCCCACCAUACUAUUACAAAUCACCACCACCACCCACAAAAUCACCAGCACCAACACCAUACUAUUACAAAUCACCACCACCACCUAAGGCUUAUCCCCCUCCAUACUAUUACACUUCUCCACCACCACCUAAGGCUUAUCCUCCACCAUACUACUACACUUCUCCACCACCACCCGUCCCUUACCCUCACCCACAUCCCCAUCCCCAUCAUUUCGUAGUGAAGGUGGUAGGAAAGGUGUACUGCUACAGGUGCUAUGACUGGGAUUAUCCUAAGAAAUCACACGACAAGAAGCAUCUCAAAGGUGCUGUAGUGGAGGUCACAUGCAAGGUAGGUGAAAAGGAGAUCAAGGCCUAUGGCAAAACCAAGAUCAACGGCAAAUACAGUAUCACCGUCGAGGGCUUUGAGUAUGGCAAAUAUGGAGCCGAGGCUUGCAAGGCCAAGCUCCAUAAGGCACCCAAAGACUCACCAUGUAACAUUCCAACUAACCUUCACUGGGGCAAGAAGGGUGCCGAGCUCAAGGUGAAGUCCAAGACAAAGUAUGAAGUUGUCCUCUAUGCUAAGCCAUUUGCUUAUGCUCCUAAGACCCCUUAUGAGGAGUGUGAGAAGCCUAAGCCUAAGCCCACACCUGCUCCUUACUAUUACACUUCCCCACCACCACCUCCUCCCACUUACAUCUACAAGUCUCCACCACCUCCACCGCCAACUUAUAUCUAUAAGUCACCACCUCCACCGCCAUAUUACUACAAGUCACCACCACCACCAUCUCCAUCACCACCACCUCCAUACUAUUACAAAUCUCCCCCUCCACCGUCGCCAUCUCCUCCUCCACCUUACUACUAUAAUUCACCACCACCCCCAUCUCCAUCACCACCACCUCCUUACUAUUAUAAAUCUCCUCCCCCACCAUUGCCAUCUCCUCCUCCACCCUACUACUAUAAGUCACCACCACCCCCAUCUCCCUCACCACCACCUCUAUACUACUACAAAUCUCCUCCCCCACCAUCGCCCUCUCCUCCUCCACCCUACUACUACAAAUCUCCACCACCACCCACAAAAUCACCUGCACCAGAACCAUAUUACUAUAAGUCUCCACCACCUCCAUCACCAUCACCUCCACCUCCCUACUACUACCAAUCUCCUCCUCCACCAUCCCCAUCUCCCCCUCCUCCAUACUACUACCAUUCACCACCACCACCCGUGAAAUCACCUCCUCCACCAUAUUACUAUCACUCACCACCACCACCCGUGAAUUCACCUCCUCCCCCAUACUACUACCACUCACCACCACCACCCGUGAAUUCACCUCCUCCCCCAUACUACUACCACUCACCUCCACCACCUGUCAAGUCACCUCCUCCUCCAUACUACUACCACUCACCACCUCCUCCUGUCAAAUCACCACCUCCACCGUACUACUAUCACUCACCACCACCUCCUGUGAAAUCACCUCCUCCUCCAUACUACUACCACUCACCACCUCCUCCUGUAAAAUCACCACCUCCUCCAUAUUACUACCAUUCACCUCCUCCACCAGUGAAAUCACCUCCUCCCCCAAUUUACAUUUAUGCCUCACCACCACCACCAACUCACUACUAGGCUCAGAAAGCUCAAUCAUAUACCAAAAUCGAUCAUCAGAUUUUGGUGUUAGCAAUGUAAUAAAGGAAGGCUCCAAGAGGAAAACAUGUGGAUAUCAAGCUUCUAAUCCAAGACCAUUCAAUAAGGAUAUGAAUUUUGCACCAGUGAGCUGCAAUUUGAAUAAAUCAAGCCAGAAAGCUCCGAUUUCAAAGAUCGCCAUUUUGCAUCUCAUGCUCAUACUAUGUUCUAGUAAAAUUGGCAUCAAAGGUUUACUUCUGCAAAGGAAAAAAAAAAGGAAGUGAAAUUAGAGAUGGGGACUUGGAUUUGGAAGUAGCCGUUUCAGUUUGGUUUUUAUUUAUUAAUAUCUAAUUUAUUAUUGUAUGUAUAGCGUGCAGCCUUUGUUGUUUUCAUUGGGCUUCUCUCUAUUUAUUGUGAACAAUUCUUUCUUGGACCUUUUUGUGCUUUGUGCGCUGAGAUUGUUAGCAAUAAAACAACACAAUUUUCUCGCAAA